GCGCCGGGAGACGGAGGCGGCAAGAGAGGCGGGGUGGGUCCCCCGAUCGGAGGGCCCCGCAAACUCAGACCUCUCCGGAUCAGAAAGGCACCCCGGAAGGUCCAGCAAAUCAGAUGUUGGUUGGUCACGUCCAUUCCCCAGGCUCCACAUAGAGCCAGCAUUACUGGAGACAGUAGAAGGAACUGCAGUCCAGCACAGUAUUCUGUCAGGUGUCCGACCAGCUGGUCACACAGUCAGUGAUGGCACCGUUCCUACGCAUCUCCUUCAAUUCAUAUGAUCUGGGCUCUCUGCUGAAUUCUGAGGAGCAAUGCCAGCCCUUCUGUGCCGUCAAGAUGAAAGAAGCUCUAACCACAGACAGAGGGAAGACCCUAAUCCAGAAGAGGCCAACCAUGUAUCCCGAUUGGAAUUCAAGUUUUGACGCUCACAUUUAUGAAGGUCGGGUGAUCCAGAUUGUGCUGAUGAAGGCUGCUGAGGAGAUCUUGUCUGAGGCGACUGUUGGUGUCUCGGUCCUAGCCGAAAAGUGCAAGAAGAGCAGUGGCAAAACAGAAUUUUGGCUUGACCUACAACCCCAGGCCAAAUUGCUGAUGGCUGUGCAGUAUUUCUUAGAAGAUACAGACAAGGAUGACCCUGAUCGCACCAUGAACCGCAGAGGGGCUAUCAAGCAGGCGAAGAUCCGUUACAUCAAGAACCAUGAAUUUAUUGCCACCUUCUUUGGACAACCCACAUUCUGUUCUGUCUGUAGAGAUUUUGUCUGGGGUCUUAACAAGCAAGGAUACAAGUGCAGAGAGUGCAACGCUGCAAUCCAUAAGAAAUGCAUCGACAAGAUCAUCGGGAGAUGCACGGGGACAGCGGCCAACAGCAGGGACACUAAGUUCCAGAAGGAACGUUUCAAAAUCGACAUGCCUCACCGCUUCAAGAUGAACAAUUACAUGAGCCCAACUUUCUGCGACCACUGUGGCAGCCUGCUCUGGGGGCUGGUAAAGCAAGGGUUAAAGUGUGAAGAAUGCGGGAUGAAUGUUCAUCACAAGUGUCAGAAGAAAGUGGCGAAUCUAUGCGGCAUCAACCAGAAGCUUUUAGCUGAAGCUUUAAAUCAAGUUAGCCAGGUUCUCAGGCCCCCGGAGAUGAAGAAAGCCGGCCGUAAAGCCGAUGCAGAUGCGGAAUGUAUUGGCAUCUACCAGACGGUUGAGAAGAAGGUGGAGACCAUGGGAGACCGCAGUGCCGAACCAUCAACCUCUAAAACAUCUAAAGAAAUCCUAGAGGACAGGCAUAAUCUGAACAUCGAGAACUUUACCUUCCACAAAGUCUUGGGCAAGGGAAGCUUUGGAAAGGUGCUUCUGGCAGAACUGAAGGGAAAGGGGGAGUUCUUCGCCAUCAAGGCACUCAAGAAGGAUGUUGUUCUGAUAGAUGAUGAUGUCGAGUGCACUAUGGUAGAAAAGCGGGUGCUAGCCCUAGCUUGGGAGAAUCCAUUUCUCACCCACCUGUUCUGCACCUUCCAAACCAAGGACCACCUAUUCUUUGUCAUGGAAUUCCUGAAUGGGGGAGACCUGAUGUUCCACAUCCAGGACAAGGGCCGAUUCGACCUCUACAGAGCCACGUUUUAUGGAGCAGAGAUCCUGUGUGGUUUGCAGUUUCUGCACAGUAAAGGCAUAAUUUACAGGGACCUCAAACUGGAUAAUGUGAUGCUGGAUAAAGAUGGGCACAUCAAGAUUGCUGACUUUGGGAUGUGCAAGGAGAACGUGGUGGGAGAGAACCGGGCAAGCACCUUUUGUGGCACUCCAGACUACAUAGCCCCAGAGAUUCUGCAAGGCCAUAAGUACACAUUCUCUGUGGACUGGUGGUCAUAUGGCGUUCUACUCUAUGAGAUGCUCAUCGGGCAGUCUCCCUUCCAUGGGGAUGAUGAGGAUGAACUGUUUGAAUCCAUCCGGCUGGACAACCCCUACUUCCCCCGUUGGAUCACCAAAGAUUCGAAGGACAUCCUAGAGAAAUUAUUUGACAGAGAUCCAACCAAAAGGCUAGGGGUGACUGGAAACAUCAGGGUGCACCCCUUCUUCAAAUCCAUCAACUGGAUGCUGUUAGAGAAGCGGCAAGUGGUUCCGCCUUUCAAGCCCAAAGUGAAAUCACCUAGUGACUACACCAAUUUUGACCGAGAAUUCCUGAGCGAGAAGCCACUUUUAUCCUACAGCGACAAGAACCUCAUUGAAUCCAUGGACCAGGCUGCCUUUCAUGGUUUCACCUUUAUCAAUCCCAUUUUUGUUGGGCUCUUGCAAUAGAAAAGCUCCCCCAACUAAAGAAGCCUUGCCAUUCCCCCAGUCCAGGGGUUUAGCCACACAAGCUCACUCCAGCAAGUGUAAGCAGGCCACUCCAUUUCCUUCCUCCUUGUCUUCUCUAAUAACAAGCAUCAGUGUCACUGAAAUGUUUUUUUCUCGCCUCCUCAAAUGAAGAAGUUACUUUUGCAUGGUUGAAUUUUAAGGUACCUUACUCUGUGAAUUGUUUGUGAAUUCUCUUCGCCUCCUCUGGUGGGGUGUGUGUGUGUGUGUGUGUGUGUGUGUGUGUUUGUGUGUGUGCGCACGCACAUGUAAGUGUGUGGGGGGUGUAAAUCCUAUGUCUGUUAAAAAUGUGAUUAUAUAGUAUAUAGAUUAGAUAUAUCUAUAUAUGUGUGUGCAUGUAUAUGUAUAUAUACGUGUAUAUAUAUAUAUAUACACAUACACACAUAUAUAGAUAUAUACAUAUAUAUAGUAAGCUGUAUAUCUUGCUCCAAGAGAGUCGGGUGGGGGGUGGAGGGGAGGCGAUUGAAGGGAGGUUGAUUUUUUUUUUUUGGUGUUUUCAAUAAAGUUACCUCCAUGAUCCUUAAA